ACAAACAAAAUGUCAAUCAAGCCGCUUGAUAGUAAAACAAUCAAGUUGAUCAACAGUACCCAGGUGAUCACUUCGAUUUACAGUGCCGUCAAGGAGCUCGUUGAAAAUUCUCUCGAUGCUCACGCUCAAAACAUCGAAGUUAACCUUGUGGACGAUGGCCUGUCACUCAUUGAAGUUAAAGAUAAUGGUGUCGGCAUCAGUAAAGAAGAUGCGCAAUAUAUGGGCUUGUCUUCGUACACGUCUAAAAUUCAGAAUUUUAAUGAUUUAGAUCUAUUAUCCACCUAUGGAUUUAGAGGUGAAGGCUUGACAGCUGUUUGUCAAGUAUCAGAUGUAGUAGUCAGUACUAAAACAGCUGACGAUGAAACUGUGACAUCUUAUACUUUGGACAACGAAGGAUAUGUUGUUUUAUCUGACAUAUGUCAUGGAUUAAAUGGUACAACUGUUCAGAUGAAAAAUUUAUUCAAAAACAUGCCUGUCAGAAGAAACAUUUUAAACAACAAAAAAAGAAUCACUCAAGAGAUCAAAGCUGUAGAGUUACUUUUGAAAAACUAUGCCAUGUGUAUGCCUUCCAUAAGAUUUGUGUACAGAGUAAACAGCAAUGUUGUAUUUAUGAAAUCCAGCCACAAAUCUUUAAUUGAAUCCGUCAAAUCGGUACUUGGAAUGCAGUUGUAUACGAGAUUGUAUCAUAUCGAAAAAAACUUUGGAGAGAACGAAAUGCAAUUAUUUAUUCCUAAGAAAACGAUUGAAGAACAUUUUUCCCGGAUAGCUCAAGCUGGUAUGCAGUUUGUGUGCGUCAAUGGUAGACCAAUAAAAUCUAAGGAAGUUGAAAAGCUAAUUAAUAAAAGACUUUCGGAAUAUUUCUUUGAAGUUAUUGUAACUCCUCGGAAAUACAUGUUUUGUUUGAUCUUAAAAGUUAAUCCUGCAAUGCUUGAUGUGAAUUUGGAACCAAACAAAGACAAAAUUUUUCUUCAAAAUGAGGCAACUAUACUACGUGAGUUAGAUAUUUUGCUGUGUGAGUACUAUGGUCUUCAGGAAUCUCAAACACAAAGUGAUAUCGAGAAUGUAAACGUUAAUGGCAAUUUGAAUGAGUUAGAGAAAGAUAACGAAAGAGAUCAGGAAGCAGCAAAUGAAACGCCUGCUUUGAAAAAAAGAAAAGUUGAUGACAAAAAUAAAAGUUCCAAGGAUAAUAAAAACAAAAAUUCUAUUGAUGGGCCCAAUAAGAUCGUCGAACCUGAUGAGCCUACUCUACAGAAAACUGAUGAAUUUUUAAAAACUUGGAGUCAGCCAGUGUUAAGUGACGUAGAUACGGAUGAUGAGUUGAAAAAGAAAUCAAAAGAUGCGCAUACAAAUGCAUCAGAAGCAACAGAAACUGCAAGUACUCAAUCUUCUGAGUCAGAAAGUUUCGAUCUUGGCAUUGGGCAUUUAAACAAAAAUCAGAUGAUGAAAAUAGAGGAAGAACGCUUUUCACAAUUGCCAGUUGUUGAUCUCGGGGAUGAUUUCGAUUGGCGAGAAAUCGUAACAAGGUGCAACAAGAACUUGAUGGAAAAAGAUAGCCUCAAUGAGUCCGAGGUAAGAGAAGUCAGUGAUAUAAUGUGGAGUAGAGGUCAAAUACCAGGAUUGCAGGGUGGUGUGAGCAUUGGAAUCUCAAACAAUGAAAGUAAUGAGACUAAUAACGGCAAACAAACAGAUGAAAGUGAAGAAUCUGCAAUGUUGGACAUUGCUGCAGGCAUCCCGCGAAUCGAUCAUGACGAGGAUUCGACCACUAAAAGCAGAAUGCGUGACAUCUUUGAGUUUGGCUGUCAAGAAUUUCAAAAGAAUUCUAAAAAACCACCAAUCAGAGCAAAAUCAACGACGCCCAGUACGACAAAACGAAAAUCAACUGUCAAAGAUGAUCCAAAUCAGCCGAGGAUACCGUUCGCUGGAGAUAACGCUUGUCUCUCUUCCAUGGGCCCAUCUGCGUUUGCCAUGUACUGUUCAAAAGUCAGGACUGAAAUUGUCAAAAAUCACCCAGACUUCACACCAGCUGAUGUGGCAGCUGAAUUGAACAAGCAAUGGAAAAAUACAAGUUCAGAAGAGCGCGAAUUUUAUCGUGAGCUUGCAAAUCAACAGAAGCAAAAUUCUCCCAUACCCUUGAGUAUUACUCCGAAAAAACAAAAGCCGGAGCUUUCAGAGUUGGAGAGGGAAAAGAAUCGCAAGAAACUCGUGAACAUGCUGGGGAAUAUGAAGUCGAAUAAGGCUGAUGUUAAAAACGAAAGCAUGAUCAUGAGGACUUACGUGCCCUGGAAUAUAAAUUUACCUGUGUUAACUCAUAAGUUUAAAAAAGAAAUACCCAUGGAAAUACCGGAAACGCCUACAGUUAUCGGUUCGUUGAAUUCACUGCUGUGGAUUGCAAAGAUUACGUCGUCACUUUACAUAUUUGAUGUUUCAGAGCUUAAUGCUCAGUUAAGUAUAACUGAGUGUGAUAUGAACAAGAUCAGCAAAGAAUACGUGAGCAGCAUCGUCAAUAGAUGGAUGACUGAAAAAAAUGAUAUGAACGUUUUUUAUCUAUUUCAUAAGCUGAAAAAUACGUAGAGAUCGAAUCUUUGAUUAUUUAAAUGUUAAUUGUAAAUAAUCAUUUAGUCUAUUUAAUUAUUGUAUACUUACCUACUAUUCUUUGUGUUUCCAAAGUUUAUUUACAUUGUACAGCAGGUUUUAGAUUACAUACCAAAUAUACUGGUUAUUAUUAGUACUUAUUGCUUUUUAUCA